AUGCCUGUAUCAUUCUUGUUACUUGUCUUGAUUUUUGAAAUAACCGCAAAAAGCGUUCACGGAUGGGGUAUCGAAGGACAUGCACUUGUUGUUCAUCUAGCCGAGAGUCAAUUGACUAUAGAUGCAUCCGAGUGGAUCAAACCUCUUCUACCUUGGUUCGUAUCUGGUAAUUUAACGGCUGUAGCUUCGUGGCCAGAUGACAUCAUUCACGAAAACUCUAAUCAUUUUGACUACCGAAAUUGGAAUUGGUCUCGACCAUUGCACUACAUUGAUUUGCCAGACUGGAAUUGUAAUUACGAUCGAGAAAGAGAUUGUAAGAAUGAUAGUUGCAUUGACGGUGCACUAAGAAAUUAUUCACAACGUGUUAUCGCUGCUGACCUAGACCGUGUACAACAUCAAGAAGCACUCAUGUUUCUUGUUCAUUUUGCUGGUGAUGUCCAUCAACCAUUGCAUGUUAGCUUUGAAGGAGAUUUGGGUGGGAAUAAAGUGAAGGGAUUUUUCAUGAAUAGUACACGCGAGACAAAUCUCCAUUCUCUUUGGGAUUCUGGUCUUAUUCACAUUCGUAUGUCGCGUGAUUUUAAAUCGAACAUAACCAUAUACUACGAAUAUCUUUAUGAUCUUAUGCGCAAUCAAACACCAACAAAUGACGACGGUGAUUUCAAACAGUGGAUUGCAGAAAGUGUGAAACUGGUCUGUGAACAAGUUUAUAUAGAUGAGAAGAACAUAACCAUGAAUGCUUCGGCCACUUUCCACUUGGGCAAUGUUUACUAUGAGAAGAAUAUCCCGGUUAUUGAAAAACGGAUUAUUCAAGGAGGUCAAAGAUUAGGUACUCUUCUCAACAUGUUAGCUGCAAAGCGUCCGAAACCGUCAACAUCAUCAUCAUCAUCAUCAAUAAGAUCCACAUCCACAUCAUCAACAACGUUCAUAGCAUCGACAACAUCCACAACUAUGCCAUCAUCAUCAUCUAGAAAGCUGUACUGGAGCACCACCACACUUAUUGUUAUACUUAGCAUAGAAUUCGUCAUUGUCAUUGCUUUUGUAGGAAUUCGAAUGUUUAUGCGGCGGAAACAACCAGUAACAUUGUCAUUUUCUACACGUUUCACGAAAUAA